AUGGGAAAUCAUACUAAUUCUCCAAGAGUUCCUAAAAGUGAAUCACCUAUACUUCCUACAUCAUCAUCCUCCUCUUCUUCAUCAUCUUCAGAUGAUCAUUCCCCUAAAAACUUAAUUUUAAGACCUUCAUGGUUUCUCAUUUGGCUUAUCCUUUCUCUUUUAUUGUUGACCUUCUUCCUUCAAUGGCGAGGCGGCUACAUCGAUCCGAUCAGCCGGUUAUCUCAUUCAGCUCCGGAUGAUUCGCCGGGGUCCGGGUGCGCCAUUGAUUUCACCAAAAUUUGGAAGUUUUAUAAUGAAUCUAACGUUUCACCGAAGAUAUGUAUAACAUCAACCACUUCAGCAAGUCUAGAUGAUGUUCUUCCAUGGAUAUUCUAUCAUAAGGUUGUUGGUGUUACCAACUUUUUCCUCUUUGUGGAAGGGAAGGCUGCAAACCCUAAUGUAUCCCUAGUCCUUCAGUCUAUUCCUGGAGUAAAGGUUAUUCCUAGAACUGGAGAAUUAGAGGAACAACAAGCUAAGAGUCGAAUAAUGAAUGAAACUUGGCUUGCAAGUGCCUUUCACAAGCCAUGCAAUGGUGUAUUGUUUGUGAAGCAAACAUUAAACAUGGAAAUGGCUAUAGCCAUGGCAAGGGAAGCUGGUAUGGAGUGGAUUCUCCAUCUUGAUACUGAUGAGCUCCUACAUCCUGCCGGCAGUCAAGACUAUUCUAUCAGGCAGAUUUUUGCAAAAGUUCCUACUGAUGUUGAUACCCUAAUUUUCCAUAAUUAUGAAAGUGCAGUUGAGAGGGAUGAUAUCAAAGUACCCUUCGAUGAGGUUUCAUUGUUCAAAAAGAAUUUCGGGCAUCUUCCAAAUGAUUCAAACUUUGAACUCUAUAGAUUAGCAACUCGAGGCAACCCAAAUUAUUUUUUGACUUAUGGAAAUGGAAAAUCAGCUGCCAGAAUCCAAGAUAACCUUCGUCCUAAUGGUGCUCAUCGAUGGUAUAACUACGUCAAAGAACCCAAAGAAAUAGAAUCGAAUGAAGCAGCAGUUUUGCAUUACACAUAUGCAAGAUUCUCAGAUUUGACUUCAAGGAGGGAUAGAUGUAAUAAAUGCCAACCUACUAAAGAGGAUGUCAAAAGAUGCUUCUGGCUGGAAUUUGAUCAAUCUGCAUAUAUUAUUGCUUCUACGGAAACACCGGAAAGAAUGUUGCAAUGGUAUCGGGAUCAUGUGGUUUGGACUAAUGAAGAAAUGAACCUAAGACUAUUGAAGUAUGGUGUUAUGACUCGCAUUUAUUCUCCCAUGGUAAUACUUCAAAAGUUAAGGGAAUCUGGACUUUUUGCUUCUGUAAUUGCAUCAGCACGAGCUCCUUCAGCUUGAAAUUUUUGGUGGUCUAUUUUGUCAUCCAUAACAAUUGUAUUAUGAUGUUUAUUUAGGAUGUAAACAUUCGAGGUUUAGUUGAAUUAGGUUAUUUUUUGUUAUAAA